AUAUAAACUCUACAUUUGGCUAAAAUAUCAGAAAUUGAAAUAUAUUGUGCUCAAAAUUAAUGUAAAUAUCCAACAAGCAAUUGCCCUAAGACGAAGAAAAUAUCGCAGAAUUUCCCCCAACCUCGCCACCCAAGAAAAAGGCCAGAGUAGAGUGCUUUAUUUCUGAUUUCGUCCUCCGUCAUCCGGUGGUUGCAAAGAUGUCGUAUCGUGGCAUGCUGAGUGGAACGCAUGCUUCGUCCGAGUUACGCGAAUCAGAGUCCUAUGAUGAUGCAAUGGUAAUGGGCCCUGCACCACCGUUGCCACAUCGGCCAAAAGUGAAUACCGAUCAGUCGGCAUCUGUUGCUGCAUCAGCAGCAGUUAGUGCCACUCAAACUGAAUUGCCCCACAAAGGUUUAUCGAAAACAUCGAUGGGUCAUCGUUUGGGAAAAUCGAGUGCAAAUUAUGGCUGUGAUCUGACCGACUCUCCGGAUCAUGAGAAAACCGAAGGUGAUCCCAAUGAGCUGACCAAUGAAAUUUCAGCUCCAUAUGAAGUUCCACAGUUUCCCAUUGAGCAGAUUGAAAAGAAGUUACAGAUUCAACGGCAGCUAAAUGAAAAGCAAACAACAAGCAGCCGAUCCGGCCAUGUGGCUGCAACAUCGACAGCAUCUAACACACGUGUUGUCCAACAACCAAACCUGUCGAGCAGUGACGAGCAAUACACUACAGAUGCCAAGGCCGAGGCCCCGAAAACCGAUGCGGAUAUCAAUUUUCAACGUGUCUCCAUAUCGGGUGAGGAUACCAGCGGUGUGCCCUUGGAGGAUCUGGAACGUGCCUCUACCUUGUUAAUUGAGGCGUUGCGUUUGCGAAGCCGUUAUAUGGCCAUGUCGGAUCAAUCGUUUCCAUCAACCACAGCGCGUUUUCUAAAGACGGUGCGUCUCAAGGAUCGUUAUGACAAUGUGCCGGCUAAAACGGUUUCAGACAUUAUUCGCAAUAUGAGUGUGACAGGCCUAAUAGGUGUAGAUAUCCAUAAUAAAGGACUACAAAGCAAUGCCUCGUCCACAUCGUCUGGAUCGAGUCAAUGGGAUGUUGAAUUUCCGCCAGAUGAGACUUAUGUAAUCAAACCCUUGAAUGGUGUAUUUCAUAUUUACACUGAUGAGGAGCAAACAAGCGAAUUGAAAUUCGACUAUCCGGAUAUGAGUCAAUUUGUCAACGAUAUGCAAGUCAUGUGCAAUAUGAUUGCCGAUGGACCGCUAAAAUCCUUCUGUUAUCGUCGCCUUUGUUAUUUAUCAUCGAAAUAUCAAAUGCAUGUUCUGCUCAAUGAACUGCGUGAACUUGCUGCUCAAAAGGCUGUGCCCCAUCGUGACUUUUACAAUACAAGGAAGGUCGAUACUCACAUUCAUGCCGCCUCCUGUAUGAAUCAGAAGCAUUUAUUGCGCUUCAUCAAAAAGACAUUGAAGAAUAAUGCCGAUGAGGUGGUCACCCAUACGAAUGGCCAACCGAUGACAUUGUCCCAAGUGUUCCAAUCGAUGAAUCUAACCACAUAUGAUCUUACAGUUGAUAUGCUCGAUGUGCAUGCCGAUCGUAAUACAUUUCAUAGAUUUGAUAAAUUCAAUUCCAAAUAUAAUCCCAUUGGUGAAUCACGUUUACGUGAGGUAUUCCUGAAGACGGAUAACUAUUUGAAUGGCAAAUAUUUUGCACAAAUCAUAAAGGAAGUGGCUUUCGAUUUGGAGGAAUCGAAAUAUCAAAAUGCCGAACUGCGUCUUUCGAUCUAUGGCAAAUCGGCUGAUGAAUGGAACAAAUUGGCCAAAUGGGCUAUCGAUAAUGAUGUCUAUAGCUCGAAUAUACGUUGGCUUAUUCAAAUACCACGUCUCUUUGAUAUAUUCAAAUCGAACAAAAUGAUGAAAUCAUUUCAAGAGAUAUUGAACAAUAUCUUUUUGCCGCUCUUCCAGGCCACAAAUCGGCCAAGCGAGCAUCCAAAUUUGCAUCGCUUCUUGCAAUAUGUGAUCGGUUUCGAUUCCGUUGAUGAUGAAUCGAAGCCAGAGAAUCCAUUAUUUGAUAACGAUGUGCCACGACCCGAAGAAUGGACCUAUGAAGAGAAUCCGCCAUAUGCCUACUAUAUCUAUUAUAUGUAUGCCAAUAUGACAGUUCUCAAUAAGUUUAGACAGCAACGUGGUCUCAACACCUUUGUCCUGCGUCCACAUUGCGGUGAGGCAGGUCCUGUACAGCAUUUGGUAUGCGGUUAUCUAAUGGCUGAGAAUAUAUCUCAUGGUCUGUUGCUCCGCAAGGUGCCAGUAUUGCAGUAUUUGUAUUAUUUAACACAAAUUGGCAUUGCCAUGUCACCGCUAUCAAACAAUUCGCUAUUCCUCAAUUAUCAUCGUAAUCCAUUGCCAGAGUAUUUGGCACGUGGUCUGAUUAUCUCCCUCUCCACGGAUGAUCCGCUGCAAUUUCACUUUACCAAGGAACCUCUUAUGGAGGAAUACAGCAUUGCGGCUCAGGUAUGGAAAUUGAGCUCCUGUGACAUGUGCGAACUGGCCAGGAAUAGUGUUAUUAUGAGCGGAUUUACACAUGCUGUCAAACAACAAUGGCUGGGUCCACAGUACUAUGAAGAUGGCAUCAAUGGCAACGAUAUAACCCGUACAAAUGUUCCGGAAAUUCGUGUUGCCUAUCGCUAUCAGACUUUGUUGGAUGAGCUCUCAAAUAUAUUUAAAGUUAAUCAGACAUGCGGCACAAGUCAUCCGGAGCAGAAAUAAAUGAAUGCCCAUGAUCCUUUUAGCGCCAUUUUACGCCCCUCCCCCAAACCCCUUACCCUUUCCUUUUCCCAUGAAACUUAUUACUAAAUAUUGAAUAUAUAUAUAUAUAAACAAUUAUAUUAAUAUAUAUAUAUAUAUAUAUAUAUACAUACAACAAAUAUUUGCUAAUUAUAUAUUUGCUAUACUAAUCACAAAACAAAACAAAAAAAUGUAAUCCAAAAUCUUCUAAAAAGAAAGCGAAAAAAACAAACAAACAUUAUAUACUUCUUUAUGUAAACUGAACGAAAAAGAAAAUUAUAAAACAAAAACAAACUAAAAACAAGGAUAUGCAGGGAUCUUGGACAUGAGCACAACAACAACAACAACAACCAUUGACCAUAACUUAUACAAUUUGCUUAUAUGUAUGUACAUAUAAAUAUAUAAAGUAAUUAAAUUGAAUGCAAGGCAAAGAAAAUGAAUAUGUAAUAGCACGAAAUUCUUAUUGAGCGAAUUUGCAAAAGUGAAUUGAAUAUUGUAACAAAGGCAAAAUAAAAGUCAAGAAGAAAGCGGGUA